ACCAUUCAGCGAAAUGUUUUUUUUUUUAAAUUAGUUAGUUUGCAACUACAGGUGUUCUCUAGCUGCUUGAGAUCAAGUGGGAGGACAGGAAUCAUAGCAUCAGAGGAAGAGGAUGUGCCAGUGGCAGUGGAGGAGAGUUACUCUGGAAACUAUAUAGUGGUUUUUGACCCACUAGAUGGAUCAUCCAACAUUGAUGCUGCAGUGUCUACUGGUUCCAUCUUUGGAAUAUACAGCCCCAAUGACGAGUGCCUGGCCGAUAUUGGAGAUGACUCCACUCUUGACCAAACGGAACAGAGAUGUAUUGUGAAUGUGUGCCAGCCAGGAAAUAACCUCCUUGUUGCUGGCUACUGCAUGUAUUCAAGCUCAGUGAUUUUUGUGCUGACUAUAGGAAAAGGCGUGUUCUCUUUCAGCUUGGAUCCAAUGUAUGGAGAGUUUGUUUUAACUCAAGAAAACAUCCAGAUACCAAAGGCCGGGAAGAUUUAUUCAUUUAAUGAAGGAAACUACCAGUUGUGGGAUGACAAGCUGAAGAAGUACAUUGAUGACCUUAAAGACCCUGGUCCGAGUGGCAAGCCCUACUCCGCUAGAUACAUUGGAAGCUUGGUCGGUGAUUUCCACCGUACGCUGCUGUACGGUGGCAUUUAUGGGUACCCCAGGGACAAGAAGAGCAAGAAUGGGAAGCUGAGGCUUCUGUAUGAGUGUGCACCGAUGAGCUUUAUAGUGGAACAAGCUGGUGGGAAAGGAUCAGACGGGCAUCAGAGAGUACUGGAUAUCACACCUAAUGAGAUACACCAGCGUGUUCCGCUUUACAUAGGGAGCGUGGAGGAAGUGGAGAAAUUGGAGAAGUAUUUGGCUUGAUUAAAAUGUAAGAGGAAAGAUUCAUUUUGUUUUGAGAAGCUAAAUGUUUGCAUGGGCCAUGACAAUUCCUCAUAAAUACACUACUGGAAUUAAGAACACAGAAUAUCGUUUGUGU